UUCCUCUCGGUUCCAUUCGGCCUGAAGAAGAAGAGGAGGAGGAGGAGGAAGAAGAACAGGAGCCGCGGCCGCCAUGGCGCUCUGAAGGCAACAGCGGCUGCGGCAGCAUCGGGCCUUGCGGCGGCAUCGGCGACAGCACCGGGCUCUGCAGCGGCAAACCCCAGGCGGUUACAGCCAUGGCGCUUUUCAAGACAUCCAGCAGCAGCCUUGCUGUAUCUGACACAAAAUCCCUCGACUCAACUACGUCUUUAAGAACCGACAGAGCCCUAAAGGAUGACGGAAAUGAGCUUCUUGAGCAGCGAGAUGAUGUUGGGGGACUUGAUGUCCCCCUUCAACCAGUCGUGUUUGGCGGCUGAAGAAAGCCUGGGCCUCUUGGAUGACUACCUGGAGGUGGCCAAGCACUACAAAUCGCAUGGGUUCUCCAGCGACAAGGCUAAGGCGCUCUCCUCCGAGUGGCUGGCUGUGGAUAGUUUGGGCGAUGCCACAGGCAAUGGCAAGGAGGAUGCCUUCUCCGGCAUGGAUUGGAUGGUGGAGAAGAUGGACCUGAAGGAGUUUGAUUUUGAUGCCCUGUUGGGUAUGGAUGACCUGGAUGCCACCAUCUUGUCAGAAGAGCUUAUGGCCACGUUGGAAGACACGUGUGAUCUACUUGACCCCCUGGCCCAGGAAGCUAACAGAGAGCCCCCCCUGCCACUGAACCCAAUUGGCCAUCUCCCCGAGUCCCUGCUGAAAACAGAACAGGUAGCCCCCGUCCCUUUCCUCCAGCCCCUCCCCCCAGAGGCCCUGACCUCCACUCCAGAUCAUUCUUUCAGUUUAGAGCUAGGCAGCGAAGUGGACGUCUCAGAAGGAGACAGGAAGGCGGAGGCGGUCGCUUUCCUCGUGGUCACCAUUCCGAAGUGCGAGAGAGAGGAAGAAGCCCCCUCGGAUAACGAUAGCGGAAUAUGCAUGAGCCCCGAGUCCUACUUAGGGUCGCCCCAACACAGCCCCUCCACCUCCAUGGAGCCCCCCAACGAGAGCCCGCCGAGCGCCGACCCCCCACCUGCCUCCGGGCGCCCCAAGCCUUACGACCGGCCCGCUGACGAGACCCUGGCGGCCAAAGCGAAAGGAGAGAAGAAGGCGGAUAAGAAACUUAAGAAAAUGGAGCAGAACAAGACCGCUGCCACCCGCUACCGGCAGAAGAAGAGGGCGGAGCAGGAGGCUCUUUCCGGGGAAUGCAGACAGCUAGAGCAGAAAAACGAGGCAUUGAAAGAGCGAGCGGAUUCCCUGAGCAAAGAGAUUCAGUAUCUGAAAGACUUGAUCGAAGAGGUCCGAAAGGCCAAGGGGAAGAGGAAGGCCGCCGACUUAGGGUAGUUGCUAGUCAAGUGGUCCCAUCUGCUUGUAUAUAGGCGCCUGCUGCUUCAACUGCGCUUUGGUUGUCUAAGUUAUUUUGUAGUAAGUGACGACUCCUUGAUACGAUGUAAAUCCCCUAUCGUACACUCCAAGCCCAUGCCUAGUAAAUAAAGUCGUGUGGAGUUACUUUGCUUGAA